AAUGAGAAUUUUGGCAGAAAAUGGCAUGUAAACAAUUUACAAUGCAAAAAAAAAAACAAAACUUUUUAAUAGCUUUUUUUCUUAAUGUAAAAUAGUUAUUUUGAUUUUGGGAUGAAAUUUAAUUUAAUUCAAACAUGUUCUUGACUUCUUAUGAGAUUCACCCGGAGGUUUUAUGAUUAUCCAUCCAUCUCUUUAUCGUUUUAUGUGCACGUGUCAAUUUAGUCUUCCAUUUUUCUUCUACACUUCCCUCUAUCCCUUCCUCCUCCUGUCUUUCUCUCUCACCUCCUACGCCCUUGUUCGGCUCCUCCCACCUUCACUCUCCCUUUUACCUCUUUUUUUUUUCUUCCGAUCCUCUCUUUCUCACCUUCACUGUCUUUUUUUCACCUUUCUUAAUCCCUCUCUUCAUCUUCCUGGACAUUUUCCCGCUCCGAUCUCUCUCUCUCUCCUCUCUUCACACUUUCCUUGCAUCCUCCUUUUCCACCCCCUCCAUCCUUCUCUUCUGUUUCUAAUGAGGGCCCGUUCAGCAGUCAUAAUCAGAGCAGAGGUUGGGUGAUGAGAGCGCGCGACGCGUCUCAUGCGCGUUCACUCCACAGCCUGUCAUCUGAUCUACGGAGAAACGUUUCCCCAGCGACAACCAUGCGUGUUGUUAUGGGGACACUUUUCAGCACGAUGGCUUUGAUCGCUGCCUCUCUCUCCCCGGGGACGUGAACUCACAUCACUGGGCCCAUCAGCUGCAGAUAAACACCGAUUGAACAUCUGAGAGUUUCAAACUUUCUCAACUCUCCCCCACAGCCGCUGCUCGGCGGUGUUCAGAUUACCUCCAGUAAACCAAUUUGAUGUCGCCUGUUAAAAAUAGAGACAUAAAUUCAAGUGAGUUUUUGCCAGGCAUCGCUGAAGUGCCGCUCUCGUCUCGCAGGCAGCGCGAGGUUUCUGUGUGGAGUGUCAAAGCACAGAGCAGCGAGUAUGGAGUGUGAGAAUUAACUGAUUGACUGAUAGCUCGGUUCUUCGCUUGUCAGCCAUAAUGAAUAACCUUUGUGUUGAAUGUCGGCUGAAACACCAGUGAGUUUGUCAGCACCUUGUGAGAUAAAUAACAGCACUGUCAUCUAACACAUCAGCCCUGAGUGCAGAUCUACCCAAGAAUGCAAGUGAGUGGCCGUUUGUGUUGGACAAGGAUGGCUCUCUCCUGGUGUCUCUGCCUGGCCAUAGCCCUCUUUUCUUGUCCUGGCACCAUCGAUGCCCUGGCACCUGAAAAUGAAGUGACAUUACACCCCACAACAUGGCUGAGUGAGAACAGGGUCACACCAGUACAUCUGCCUAAAGGACGUGCUCGCAGACUGUAUUUCACGCUAAAGAAGAAAGCUGAUUUGCUGUCGGUUACUGUGAGCCCCUGUGCAGUGCCCAUCGAAUGGAGCUUGGCUGUUCGGACCUUGAAGGAUAAACCACCUAAAAAAGCACACUGGAGCUCAAAGAAGAGCAUGCCCGAGGUUUGGUGGAGAGGUUCAGGAAGAGAGGUUAGGAUUUACACCUACACCGGCAAUGCUGUAGACACCUACACCGGACCUGCCUACGCUCCGGCGUCCAUCUACAUCCUGCGGCUGAAAUCAAACGAGCAGAACACGCAGGUGUCGGCAUACCUCCACGAAGGUCCUGGUCCCUCGGGGGCUUUCCCGGAGCUGCCAUCAGACCCCAGAGUACACACACUGGGGGUGGGCAUGACCAGUGUCACCUUAAACUGGGCUCCAAGUUCAUCCAUAGUUAUUAAAGAUGGUCACCAGCCACAUCAUGAAUAUUGCGUGUUAGUCAACCACAAACACAAUUACCGAAGUCUUUGUGCGGCUCGUGAGGGAAUCCGAAAGGAGAUACAGAGUGUGCAGAAGAGACAGAGGAGGGACAAACAAAGCAAGGAGAUUGUGUGGGCAACAUUUAAAGACUGGUGGUGGCGGCACCCAGAUACCUUCAAGGAUCGGGAAUCAUCUACAACUGAUAAGUUUGAGGACCCUGGAUGUGUGUGCAGGGAUGUCGAAAGCGUGUGCACGGUAUCGGACCUGCUUCCGGAUACACAGUACUAUUUUGACGUGUUCGUAGUGGACAGGGUUAACGGCACAAGUGCGGCAUACACAGGCACUUUCGCCCGCACACACGAGGAGGCUCGUCCAGCUGUCACGUCCUUACGGGAAGGCCAGGUCAAAUGGGUCACCCUGAGCGGGGAUGCAAGCAAUCUACAGGGGGAUAAGUUCCGAUUUAAGCCACGUGGGUGGCAGCAAAAUGGCCUCCUUACCUUGCACACCUGUAACGGCACUAGUAAAGUCAAGGUCACCGUCUCUACUAAAGGACAGACUUUGACGUCUCAGGAGGUGGGACACCAGCUGGCCCAGAUUUGGUUGCAUGGUGGACCGUCAUACCUCAUCCAGCUCCAGGCCUUGGCCUCAUCGUCAAUCCCUAAAGGCAAUUCCGGGAAGUCCAAAUUCUGUCUCAAAAUGCAGGCAUCGUCGGCGUACCACCGCCGAGCUGUGCCGGUGUUUCCCUCCACACUGCAGAUUAAGUCUUUCAACAAGUUGCGGACCUGCAACUCAGUCACUCUUGCCUGGAUGGGGACCGAAGAACGGAGUCUAUAUUGUGUGUAUCGGAGGCAGAUCCCGCUUGAAGGCAAACACAUCUUGACGGAUCGCUGCAUCGACCCGGAGUCCCGUCCAGCCAAUGAGAGAGUCCUCUGUAAGUAUUUCCAAGAGUUAAACCCACGUCGGGCGGUCACAACAGCGGUGAUUGGUGAACUGGAAUCAGGGGUGCUAUAUGUGUUUGACGUUUAUCUUAUGAGACGCUGGGGGCUUCCAAUUAAGUACCACAGCAAGACUGUGAGAACCAGGAGUGAAUGUUGAGUGGGCAUCUCAGAAUCUUGCUCUCGGUGGAGAAGGACUCAAUGGAGAGACAAUACGCCACAGGGAAGCCAAUGUAAGGCCAGAGAGGGAACUGCUGGGGGCCUAGAUCUGGUAUGGUGGAGGUCGAAUGUGACCAUUGAAAGACAUAAACACAUUAAUAUGCCAACACAGACACACAAAUACAAAGAGAGGUGAGACCAAGCUCACACCAGCAAAAAUUAAUUUACUUUACGAUGUUACCGUAUUAAUGUUUGUGUUGUUGUUGUGCGUGAUGCCGUCUCUGUUGUUAAUUAUACGUAUUGAGUGUCUGAAUAACAGAAACUUUCUCGUCUCUUACACAAAAGAGGACCGUGCCAAAAUAUGCAAGAGAAACAGCCGGAGGGCUUUGAGCUCCAGUGCUAACCAGAGCUGUAUCAGAUCUCUCAAUCUGCCACCAGUAUCAGAGAAAGACACCAAGUGAGGGAGCGGCGAGAGAGAGCGAAAGGAGCUGUGUGAAGUCAGUGUGUUGAUUAUGCUCUGCUAAAGCAUGCAGCAGGGAAAACGAGUUAGCAGUUCGCUUCAAUGUCUGUGAUGUGAUUGUUGUGCUGCGCUUGUGCGCACUAAUAAAGACACAGUUACCAACCA